AUGCCUAUUUCUACUGAUGACUUGGAGAAUAUUGAAAAAUUGAGAGCUCUUGUGAAAGAUGAGAUCACUCCCUACUAUGACACAGAUUUCAAUUUGUUGCGCUGGUUGAAAGGACACGAUUACAAUUUCGAUUUGAUUCUGCCAAAAUUGCGAAAUCAUCUCCUUUUUCGUAAAUCUCAUUGGGAUCUUGAUGGGAUGGCGGAUCGAGAAAGAAAUCAUCCAAUACAUCAACAUUGGAAAGGAGGUCUCACUGGAGCUGCUGUCAUUCGCCCGAAUGCGAUCGUGAAUAUUGAGCAAACUGGACCAAAUGAUUACUGGGGAAUGUUGCAAACGUAUUCGAUAAAUGAGGUUUUAAAGGCAAGAGUUCACGAUUUGGAGAGUAUGCUACGAGCUGUCAUGGAUUUAGAGAAACAAACUGGUGAACAAUGCAGUAUCAUGUAUUUCAUGGACUUAAAUGGACUGAAAUUCGAUCGACGCACAACCACGCUGAUUACAGGUGCUUUGGCCUCGAUCUCAGCGUUCAUGGCCGAACACUAUGUGGAAAUGGUACACACGUUUGUCCUCGUCAACGUGCCGACCUUCAUUCACGCAAUAUGGACCCUCGCUCGUCCACUUUUACCCGAAAAGACGAAGAAUAAAGUGCACAUUUUGGGGAGCAAUUGGAGGGAAGAGGUCCUCAAAUACGCAAAUGCGGACGUGUUGCCGACUUUUUGGAAUCUCGAUGGAGAGACUGGGCCUUUUGGUGCAGCACUUCAACGAGCCGUGCCAUUCUCUGAAAAUGAGUACUACAAAAAAGAAAUCUCCGAGAAAGCUGAGUUAUUCACGAUUUCCGCGGGAAAAGCUGAUUAUUUCGAUGCAAUUGUUGAAGAGGGUGAAUCUCUAGAAUGGAUUAUCGAUGCCGAUGGGAAUUUUGCUUUUUGCAUUUUCAAAGUCGACAAUGAUCAUUUGAAAGCAUCAGUGGACACUUUGGAAAGGAUUUAUCCAAAGUUUUCGAAAGUGCCUGGUCCAACGAUUGUCCCACUCAUCGAUUCGAUCAAAAACCCUAAGCCAGGUCGUUACCGUUUCUGGUUUUCCAACGAGCACGCGUGGUUUCAUACGCUCAAAAUUCGAGCUGAAAUUUCCCCGAAAAGGGUUCAAAAG